AUGGGUCGACAGGCCUACUUGAACCGGCUCGCUUUGGGCCGGUCACCAUAUGAAGCACCGGACAAUGCGGCGGUUGACCCUUCUAAUCCUGUCCGACGGGUUUCGAGUGUCCACGCUGAUAGCUACAUGCAACAGUAUGAUGCUCGUGGCCACCCUGUAAAUCCCGAAUCCAGGUCUCUUGGGCGGGAGUUUCGAAGGGCAAAGAAUGAUAUCCUUUCAACAAUGGGAAUUGUUGUCAGCGGAGAAGACCGAAACACGAGUAUUCCAAACGAACAACAGAAGAUCAACCAAAUUGCGAGUGAAAAUGAUUUUGGACUUGUUAUAACGACCCUUGACCAAUUAUUCGUCUUUUUCGGUACCUGGUGGACCUCUUCAUUUACUGGUCGAACUUACAAACAUUAUGCCCACGCUGCCUUGUUUGAUGUCAUUAAAUCCGAGCGAGGAUCAACAGGGAUCCUCGGGUUCUAUUUUGCAGGAAUUCCUGCAUGGGCAAUGUCAAGUGGAUUGGCCAUUGCUCGCGAGAAUCCGCUCAAACGCAUUUUUGCCUCUCUACGGGAGUAUGCCCAGUCUCUUACAGGCGAGUCCCUUGGUGUUCGAUCUCUUUUUGGACUCAUCUACACAGUGGCGAAGAACUCGGUGCUCAUGCUCUCUGUGGAGUUCUACAUGUAUUCCAUACUCCAAACCCUCUCUCUUGUGUCGCCCUACUCAAUUCCCAGCGCUCAACUUCUCAUUCCGUUUGGCAAGGGGUCCUUACUGCAGCUGCCGGCACUUCCUACUGAUCUCUCCCCUGGCUCCCUGGGCAUUUCACUAGUGGGUCUAUUGACCCAUCCCGGCGUCUUAGCCUUCGUCUAUGGCUAUUAUUUGCGUCCGGAUCUUGAAGAGCGUAUCUAUAGGUUGAUUCGUCGGCGUCUGCCGAAAGCAACUAUUGCAGAUGAGCUCUCAGUUCGAGUGGCGUUUGAAGAAAAUCUGAUUGAGUGGGUGGUGCCGACCCUGGGACGCAAAUCAGACGAAGAAAUGUACCGCGGCAAUCUCACGCUGUUUGAAGAUAUCAAGUACGAGCUAGGUGCUUUGCGAAAAUGGGUAUUUUCGUUCUUUGGACUGCGAUCGAGCAAGUCAUUAGACCAGCAAGCUUUCGCGUCCUUCAGAGACGAGAGGAUUGAAUCUCUCAGAAAUUCGAUUGAGAUGUUACAAAAUGAACUCGAAGGAACACAGCUCAACUCUUCUAAUGAGAAUGAAUCAAGUGACCCGCUACGCAGACCCCCGGGAAUCACACCCGAUGCCCAGAUUGCCGCCGCUGCACCGCCUCCACUACAAGAUACAACCGCGUCUACACAUUUGAGUCAAUUAGAUUCGGCUAUGGGCUUGCACCAGGUGCUCACAAAUGAAAACCGCAUGUCUCAGUCGCCCGGUGAAAUGAGCAACGAUUAUUUCUCCGAGAUAGCCACAGUUGGGCGAACAAGUGGUCCGUCGACCACUUCAAACCAGCAAGACCAACCAGGCGGUUCACAAAAUGGCGAGAGCUCAACAAUGGACCGAAAUAGCUCACGAUCAAAUACGCUUUUCUCUCGUCCGUCUUCACCAGAGACGUCUCCUCCUACAUCACCUCGUGUCAGAGCAUCCUUGAUCCAUCAGAGCUCUGACAUUAUCACAAUGCAGCUUGAACUAUUGGGCAACCGGAAUCGGAACCCGCAGAACCAAGCUUCAAAUCUUGCCAACCUAAAUGCCCUCGCAGGCAAUGAUGUCUCAGGUCUUAAUAGACAUGCAGACGCCAUGGAUAGACGAUCAAUAGCUGAAUUCCUCGAGGCUCUAAUUUUAAGCCAGGCCCAGCGCCAGGGAUUGCAUCCACCAGCGCAAGGAGAUACCGACGGCCUCUCCAGUGUCACCGCUGGUCAACCCAUCAUAACCCAUCAAGAUCUAGGCGUCCCGCAGCCGGAAACCCAGCGUCGGACCCAAGCUAAUGAGCCCGAGGGUGAGCCUCCGGCGCUAGAAUCCAUCGAGGAAGCACCAGAGCCCAGCGUUCCAAACAUCCUUCCGGACGGCGUGGAAGAACCAAUCGACGAAGAACCCACCAACCAGCCAAUCCCCGUCGCUGUCGCAGACCACAACGUAGACACGCAGUACGAUACCCUUCACCAGCCACUUCCACCCACCUCUCGCAUUCCUGGACAUAUUACCGACCGUUCAUCAGGUGUUCACCGCGUGACCCUUCUCUCGGCAUACCCGGUCGACUCACUUGCAUCCAAUCUCGCAGCUGCAAUCAGCGGCAUUAUUCUUGCGCCCCUUGAAGCACUCUUCUUCCGCUCAUUAGCCCAGUCAUGGCUGACCACACAUCCUUCGUCUGUUGGCCGACUUUCGGAUGUCCAUCCUUUGGGUACAUAA